AUGACCUCUCGAAGACCGACAUCGCCGGGUUCCGCAUCCUCUUCUCGAAAUCCCUCCAUCAACAGCCAGGCAAUAAAUCCACACGCCCCAAGUACCCCAUCGCAUUUGCGCGAAUCACAGACGGCCCACAGCUCUCCAGAAGACACAAGGGGUAGUGCAUUGGAAGAUGGGGAGGACACACGGAUCAGUUCAGUCGAAGACAAAGACAAAGCACCGUGCAGUUCAGAGGCUUCCCCGAACACAUAUCCCACGCAUCUCUCGACAGACCCGGCAGCAGAAGACGAUGCAUUAGAUGGCAGCACACGUGAGGCAGGAGACUUGACUGGAAGAGCGUCAGAGUCCACACCUCUCUUGCAGAAGCCUUUUGAAUUUUUACUCUCGAGCCCACCCCACGAAGGACCAUGUGGACAUGGCACGUUUAGCCCUCGGGCUGACUCAAUGAGAAGUGGCGAUAGCGAUUACAGCUUUGGAAGAUCUGCGCGAGCUCUCGGGCGGCCUGAUUCAGGUGAAGGUCGGAGCAUGUUUUCGAGCAUCUUCGAGACAGUGGGGAUGAAGAAUGGGAGUGGAGGGAAGAAGAAGAUAUCCACGACUUCUUACUUGGCCGAACAGCAUGGAAUAGAUACAAGAACAAUGUAUUUCCCAUAUUAUAUACCCGCCCUGGCUUGGAUUCCUCAGUACAGAUGGAAACAUCUCCAAGGGGACUUAAUCGCUGCGAUCACAAUGGCAUCUUUUUAUAUCCCAAUGGCGUUAUCAUUGGCUUCGAAUUUGGCACAUGUCCCUGCUAUCAACGGCCUGUACUCGUUCGUUUUCAACCCAAUCAUAUAUGCGAUUCUCGGAUCUUGUCCACAGAUGGUAGUUGGACCAGAAGCUGCUGGAUCUCUGUUGGUAGGAACGGUGGUCAAAUCGAGCGUGGAUAAUGGGAGGGCUGACGAGGGCGAUGACGAGAUACACGCCCGGGUCGCUGGUGUGGUUACCGGGAUGGCAGGUGCGAUUAUCUUCAUCGCAGGACUUACCCGACUUGGAUUCCUGGAUUCCGUUCUCUCAAGACCCUUUCUUCGCGGCUUCAUCUCCGCUAUUGGAUUCGUUAUCAUUGUUGAUCAAUUAAUCCCAGAGCUGGGGCUGCAAGGUCUUGCCUCAGAGGUGGGUGGUGUGAGCCACGCAAGCUCGGUUGACAAGUUGCGCUUUCUUUUUGGGAACAUCAACAAAGCCUCUGCAAUAACCUGUGCUGUUGCGGGCAUCAGCUUUGCAACCAUUAUGAUGUUCCGGGAAGGAAAGAAACGCCUUCAACCUCGAUAUCCCGGCGUUGCAUACUUUCCCGACCGGUUCCUGGUCGUUGUGCUCUCGGCAAUUCUGACGUGGCAGCUUAGAUGGGACGAAAUGGGUUUGGAAGUACUCGGUGAAGUAAAAUCCACAACAAAUGGGAACCCCUUCCCAUUCCACUGGCCCUUUCAAGUUUCUCAUAUGAAACACGUGAGGGAGGCCAUGGGAACAUCCUUCUUGAUAGCGCUCUUGGGUUUCUUCGAAUCAUCUGUCGCAGCCAAGAGUCUGGGCGGAGGGGAAGGGAAAGACGGAAUCCAGGGCAUUGCACUCAGCGCAAACAGGGAGCUUGUAGCUCUCGGAGUUGCGAAUCUUGUUGGUGGGUGCUUCUCAGCUCUUCCUGCAUUCGGUGGUUACGGACGAAGUAAAGUCAACGCAAGCACGGGGGGCAAGACUCCGAUGAGCAGUAUUUUUCUCAGUAUCAUCACGAUUAUUUGCAUUUUGUUCUUGCUCCCAGCCUUUUACUACCUUCCUAAAGCAGUCCUAUCUUCGAUGAUUUCUGUUGUUGCGUGGUCUCUCAUCGAAGAAGCUCCACAUGAUAUAUUAUUCUUCAUUCAAAUACGUGGCUGGACCGAGCUCGGUCUGAUGUUCAUCAUCUUCGCUGCCACAAUAUUCUACUCACUUACUCUUGGCAUUGCUAUUGGCGUGGGGCUUUCCCUCCUUUCCGUUAUCAAGCAUAGUACGCGACCUCGGAUCCAAAUAUUAGGACGGAUACCGGGAACGAACCGAUUUGAGAAUGCAGAGGACAACCCGGAUAAAUUGGAGUUCAUCGAAGGAUGCUUGAUCGUGAAGAUACCAGAGCCCUUGACGUUUGCAAACACAGGCGACCUGAAGAAUCGUCUCCGAAGACUUGAACUCUACGGAACGACCAGCGCUCACCCCGCAUUGCCAAGGGUGCGGUCACCGGAACACAAUAAGAAUAUCAUUUUCGAUAUACAUGGCGUGACCAGUUUAGACGGUUCCGGCACACAAGUGCUAGAGGAAAUCGUGCGUGGGUACAGAGAGCGAGGGGUUCGUGUCUUCUUCUCGCGUGGUCCCCUUGAGGGAACGCCGGUAUACGAGCUCUUCCAGAGAAGUGGCAUUCUUGAAACCAUUGGAGGCAAGGAUCAUUUUGUUGAUGACGUUGGAGAAGCGCUGCGUCUGACAGAGGUGGACGAAGGGGAUGACGUUUGUUACACGAAUUUGGCUGGCGACGAAGGCAGAGGGUGA